AUGGAUCCACCAACGGCGAGGACAGUCGUUGCAUCCCUUGCGGCCAUCACCACUGUCGUACUACUCGCUCGCACUCUCACCUCAGUGCCGGACUCGAAGACCAGGAGGCUAAAAAGUAAUGGCAAGCCCAGGAACAAGAGCCGGAAGACACAGGACACAGAUGCUCCUCAAUAUGUCACAGGGCUGGUCAACGUCGGAAACACUUGCUUUAUGAAUGCAGUACUUCAGGCGCUGGCGUCUUUACCAUCUCUACGGGCUUAUCUUGAGGCGCGCAAGGAUAUCGGACAUGCCCAGGACUCUAUUACCCUUGCGCUCUGCGAGACCGUCGAAAUGCUCAACACAAUGCAUCGUCGCCCGACAGCAAAACGACUUGUUCGGAUGGUCAGCACUGUCAAGGCGAAAGCGGCACAUGUCCUUACCAGUCAACAACAGGAUGCGCAAGAGCUGUUCCAGAUUCUUUCGUCUCAAAUUUCAGAAGAGCGCGAAAAGCUAGACCACCCGGGAACAGCCUCAUUAUUAGACCGGACGGCCGUAAGUGACAUCCUGAACCCACCGCCUUCAUUACCAAGGCGACUGUCUUCAUCAUCUGUCAUGUCCUCUUCGCUGUCGUUCAGUCAACUUCAAGUACCAAAACGCGAUGGGAAUGCAUCACCCUCCUCAGAGCCUUCCUCGCCCUCAUCGCAUUGUGCUGACGCCAAGGAGGAAACAUCCGCCAAGAAAGAGAAAGGGGAACCCAUGGCAAUGACUGCCAGUUUGAUCAUGGACAGAAAUGAACAGGAGAAGUUCAGUCGGGCCAAGAGUCCCUUCAUGGGCUUACUCGCUAGUCGUGUAUCCUGUGUGGAUUGCGGAUAUACUGCGGCAAUUCGGCAUUCGACAUUCGAUAAUCUGUCGCUGACUGUGCCACGUCAGUAUUCUUGCAGUCUGGAAGAUUGCCUCGAAUCGUUUAUUCAUUUGGAUACGAUCACGGACUUCAAUUGCAGGAAGUGCACAGUGUUGAAAGCAAGCAAGGAUCUGGAACGCAUGAUUGAGCAGGGACGGAAACCCCUGGCGGGAGACGAAGCACGGCAGCGGGAGAGUCAGACUGGCUCAACUGCACCGCAAGAAAAUGCAGGGGCCACCAACAACCAUCCAGCAGAGUCACAGCCAGAAAAUAGCGGAUCUUCAAGGAGACGGUCAUCAAAUGGCGUUAAUGGUGCUGGUAACAAAAAAUCUGCCACAUCAAGGAUUAGUCUUGAAGAGAUGGAAAAGAUGAAGGAGCGUGUUGACCAGUGCCUCGCUUAUGAUAUCGAGAUGGAUUUGUCGCCACUUGAGUUGACACCUGUGCGAUCUAAUAGAACGACCAAACAUUCGAUGAUUGCGAAACCGCCACAAGCGCUGUGUCUACAUCUCAAUCGAUCCAUGUUCACGCCUUCGGGCCAGAUGACCAAGAACCCUUGCAAGGUCCUGUUUGGACCCAGACUGGAUUUCACACAAUUUACGACUUCAGGGCAUCUAACUACCGUUGCAACAAAGAGCAUGUCUCGUCGAGGGUCAGUCUCGGGACCUGGAGCAACAUCAACGGCAGGCCUUGGCUCUGAAAAAGGCAUCGCAACAGUACCAACUUCGGCAGGAGCGCCAGCGUCGUUGUUCUCUAGACGAGAAAGCAACGGAUGCAUCCCACUUUCAUCACCAUGGACUGCACAUACGGGCUCUGGACUGAUAGCAAGAUCAACUCUUGGUGUGGGUAAUGGUCAUGGGGAAAUUGCUGGCAAGGACGACGGAGGAGAUGACCGGGUGGUGUACCGGCUGUGGGCAGUGAUUGUUCAUUUUGGUAGCCAUAACUCGGGACACUUUGUGACUUACCGACGGAUCCCUUCAAGUUCGACUUUCUCAUCCUCCGAUUCAUCGGCAGCUCUACGUCGGCGCAGGAGGAAAGACGGCGUGGAAGAGAGGCAGGUGGGUGACAUGGAUGACCUCAACGUUGCUGACUCUGAGAAACUAACUCAGCCAUCUGUACCGAUGGUUACGACCGAGGACAAGUGGUGGAGGAUCUCAGACGAAGACGUCCAGAUUGUGGACUGGGCUGUGGUCAGAAAUGCGGAAGCGUACAUGCUGUUUUUUGAGAAGGAGGCAUGA